AUGGUGUGGACGUUAAGAUAUUUUCCAGAGGGAAAACGCAACUGUUACAGUUUCAACGUCAAGCAGGGAACAAACUAUUUGAUUAGAGCUAGAUUUCUCUAUGGGAAUUAUGACGGUCUUAAUCAGUAUCCUGAGUUUGAUAUACACAUAGGACCAAAUUUCUGGAAAUCACUGGAUAUGAGUACGGCGGAUGGCAACUUAUUGGACGAGAUCAUUCACACUCCAAGAUCGAACUUCUUGGAUGUGUGUCUUGUGAAGACAGGCCCGUCUACGCCAUUUAUUUCGGCUUUAGAACUAAGGCCUUUACCGAAUAACAGUUAUAUCACUACAUCGGGUUCAUUGACCUAUUGGACGCAGUACUAUAUUAGUGAUUCAGUUGGCACUAUAAAGUUCCCAGAAGAUCGCUACGACCGAAUAUGGCUCCCAUACCUUGACGAAAAAUGGCAGAAGAUUUCCACUAGUAGCUUGAUAACCAACGUCACCAACACGGAUAGCUUUAACUUGCCGCAGGGUAUAAUCACAACCGCUGCAACACCUGUGAAUACGAGUGAAUCAUUGACAUAUACGGAGGUUCUCCAGACUUCUAGUGAUAAAAUUUUCUAUUUCCUCCACUUCUCUGAGGUUCAAGUAUUAGGGGCAAAUGAGACCAGAGAGUUCAACAUUUCGUGGGAUGGAAAAGUUAUAUCUGAGAGUUUUAGGCCUGCAUAUCUGCAGCCCAAGACGAUAUACAAUCCAUAUCCCGUUACAUGUGAAGACCACGGCGAAUGCGUCUUAGAGCUGACAAAAACAUCGAAGUCUACUCUCCCACCUCUGCUUAACGCCAUCGAGGUUUAUGUUGUCGUCGACUCUCCACAUUCUGACACAAAUGAAAAUGAUGUAAUUACUAUCAGAAACAUCAAAGCCACCUAUGGAUUAAAGAAAAUUUCAUGGCAAGGAGAUCCAUGCGUCCCACAUGAGUUUUUGUGGGACGGUCUGAUUUGCAAUACAGUAGAUACGUCUACACCACCGUUCAUCACUUCCUUAAAUUUGUCAUCAAGUGGAUUAACUGGAACCAUAGCAGAUGGAAUUCAAAAUCUUACCUAUCUAGAAAAACUGGACUUGUCAAAUAACAGUCUGAUUGGUAAAGUGCCGGAAUAUCUAGCAAACAUGAAAUUUUUGACGCUUUUAAACUUGAGCAAGAACAAUCUCGAUCUGAAUGGUUCAGUUCCAAAAGCUCUUCGUGAUAGAGAAAAGAAAGGACUUAAGAUUAUUGUUGAUGAAGAUGAUAAAAAACCAUGUUUAUCUGGCUCAUGUGCCCCAAAGAAGAAAUUUCCUGUCAUGAUUGUUGCUGCGGUAGUUGCUUCAGUGGUUGUGAUCAUAAUGGUGGUAUUGGUUCUCUUUUUUGUGUUCAAAAAGAAAAAUACAUCUACUCUACCACAGCCAUCAACUACUCCGCGGCGCGCAAAUGUUCCAUCCACUGGUACAUCUGAUCCAUCGAUCGAGACAAAAAGGAAACGGUUCAGUUAUUCUGAGGUUAUGGAAAUGACAAACAACUUGCAAAGACCACUUGGUGAAGGAGGGUUUGGCGUUGUCUAUCAUGGUGAUCUAAAUGGUUCCCAACAAGUAGCUGUCAAACUACUUUCUCAAUCAUCAGCACAAGGUUAUAAAGAAUUCAAAGCAGAGGUCGAACUUCUGCUAAGAGUUCACCAUAUAAAUUUAGUGAGCCUUGUCGGAUAUUGUGAUGAAAAGAAUCACUUGGCUCUUAUCUAUCAAUACAUGUCCAAUGUCGACUUAAAACAUCAUUUGUCAGGAAAAGUUGGUGGUUAUGUACUGAGUUGGGGUAGCCGACUACGGAUAGCCAUCGACUCUGCACUAGGAUUAGAAUAUUUACAUAUCGGAUGCCAACCGUCAAUGGUUCACAGAGAUGUUAAAAGUACGAAUAUAUUGCUGGAUGAGCACUUCGUAGCGAAAAUUGCAGAUUUCGGACUUUCAAGAUCUUUCCAACUCGGAGUAGAUUCUCAUGUUUCGACAGUUGUUGCUGGUACCCCUGGAUAUCUUGAUCCGGAAUAUUACAGAACAGGUCGGUUGGCUGAGAUGAGCGAUGUCUACAGUUUUGGGAUUGUAUUGUUAGAGAUAAUCACAAAUCAAUGCGUGAUUGACCAAACCCGUGCACAAUCUCACAUAACAGAAUGGACAGCCUUUAUGCUCAAUAGAGGAGAUAUUACCAGAAUCAUGGAUCCUAACCUUCACGGUGAAUACAACUCUCGUUCGGUUUGGAGAGCUCUUGAACUGGCCAUGUUGUGCACAAACCCUUCUUCUGAUAAAAGACCAAGCAUGUCUCAGGUUGUUGUCGAACUAAAAGAGUGCCUUGUUACUGAAAACUCAAUGACAAGUAAGAAUCACCAUGUGGACUCACAAAGUUCCCUUGAAAUGAGCAUGAGCUUUGAUGCCAAGGCUUUCCCAAGUGCAAGGUAG